AUAAAAGGCUGCGUUGCAUCGAUCUUCUGCUCAUUCCCUUUCGGGCCUCCUUAAUUCUUUACGAAAUAAAUAAAUAAAAUACUCCAAGUUUACCAUUCUCUCUUGUUUCUCUUCAUUUACACUUCAUUUUUAAUUAUUCACUUCCCUUGUUAAUAAUAUAUAUAAACAAAAAUAACUAUGGUCAAAAAGUACGUCCUCGUCUCUGGUGGUGUCAUUUCAGGCAUCGGCAAGGGUAUCAUUGCUUCCUCCACUGGUCUCUUGCUCAAGACCAUGGGCCUCAAGGUCACAUCGAUCAAGAUUGACCCUUACCUUAACAUCGAUGCUGGAACACUCUCCCCUCUUGAUCACGGUGAGGUGUUCGUCUUGAACGAUGGUGGUGAGGUUGAUCUUGAUCUUGGCAAUUAUGAGCGCUACCUUGAUGUUACUUUGACCAGAGCCAACAACAUCACCACUGGCAAGAUCUAUCGCGAUGUCAUUGAGCGUGAGCGCAAGGGUGAUUACCUCGGCAAGACCGUUCAGGUGGUUCCUCAUAUUACUGAUGCCAUCCAGGAUUGGGUCGAGCGUGUUGCCACCAUCCCUGUCGAUGACACUGGCGAGGAACCCGAUGUCUGUAUCAUUGAGCUUGGAGGCACUGUCGGUGAUAUCGAGUCUGCUCCCUUCGUCGAGGCCAUGCGUCAGUUCCAGUUCCGUGUUGGCCACGAGAACUUUGCCUUGAUCCACGUCUCCUUGGUUCCUACCAUCGGAACUGUUGGUGAACAAAAGACCAAGCCUACUCAGGCCUCCAUCCGUGAUCUCCGUGGAUUGGGCCUUUCUCCUGAUUUGAUUGCUUGCCGUUGUGAGAAAACUGGUCUGGAUGAGGGCAUCCGCUCCAAGAUCUCCAUGUUCUGUCACGUCAAGCCUAACCAGGUCCUUGCUGUUCGCGACUGCAACUCUGUUUACCAUGUUCCCGAGCUUUUGAGGGAGCAGGGUUUGAUCGACUUUCUCUGGAGACGCUUGGAAAUCGAGCAAUCCGUCACGAUCUCGCCUGCCUUGAAGGAGAAGGGUACUGAGAUGUGGAAAAAGUGGAACCAAUUGACUCAAUCUCAAGAGCGUCUCCACUCCUCGGAUGAAGUCAAGAUUGCCUUGGUCGGAAAGUACACCAACCUUCAGGAUUCAUAUGCUUCAGUCGUCAAGGCUCUUGAGCAUGCUACCCUGUCUCUGGGCAAAAAGUUGAUCAUCAAAUGGAUCGAGGGUUCUGAUCUCGAGCCCGAGACCCAAACCAGCAACCCCUCCAAGUAUCAUGAAGCCUGGAAGGACCUCUGCGACGCUCAAGGUAUUCUCGUCACCGGAGGGUUCGGUCGUCGUGGAACUGAGGGCAAGAUUGCUGCCGCCAAGUGGGCCCGUGAGCAAAAGGUCCCUUAUCUCGGUAUUUGCUUGGGUCUCCAGAUUGCUGUCGUCGAGUUUGCUCGCAAUGUGUGUGGCAUCGAAGGAGCCAACUCUAUCGAGUUGGAUGAGGAUUGCAAGAACGCUGUUGUCGUGUACAUGCCUGAAGUCAGCAAGACUCACCUCGGAGGUACCAUGCGUCUCGGUCUCCGCCCCACAGAGUUCCAGCCCGGAACUGAAAAUUCUGUGAUCCGUAAGUUGUACGGAGGUGGAUCAACCGUCCUUGAGCGUCAUCGUCAUCGCUAUGAGGUCAAUCCUCAGAUGAUUGAUCAAUUUGAGGCCAAGGGUCUUCAGUUUGUUGGCAAGGAUGAGACUGGUCAGCGUAUGGAAAUUGUCGAAUUGGCUGAUCAUCCUUACUUUGUUGGUGUUCAGUACCAUCCCGAGUUGUUGACUCGUCCUCUCAAGCCCUCGCCUCCCUUCACCGGACUUAUCUUGGCUGCUACUCGUGAACUCGAGAAGUACAUCAAGGCUUUGUAA